UCAGUCAGCAGUUUCAUAACAAAUAUGACAUGUAGUAGAUAAGUACGUCAUCUGUCAUUUACAUUUCUAUCACAUGUAUGUAAAUGAAUAUGUAGAAAGCUAUUAUACAUCUCGUUUCGUUGGUGGAAAGAUGAAAGCAUGCUAAAAUUUGCUAUUAUUUUAGCUGACAGUCGUUUAUACAUAAUUGUGAGGGCGACAAUAUUGUUUGCCUUACUUUGCUAACACAACAAGCUUGAUGCAUACGUAGGUUCUUGCGUAUUCCGUACUUAUUAGUUCUCUUUUACAUAAAGAUGGGUCCUAAUGGCCAUGCAAAACAAAAUUUGACUGACGGGGUGCAUUAUGUUUUGUUGUAACAACGACUCAAUCAAAUAGUCUAAAUGGGGACAAAUUGUGCACUUGCUUUGGCGUUAAAAGUAACUCUGACACCAUGGAUGACCAAGGUAGGCCCAGCUACUUGGCCGUCGUGAGCCCCUUCCCGUCGACCUGGAGUAAAUCCCACCACCUUAAAAAUAAUCGUGUCGGAAUGGCUGCAGGACAACUAGGACAAGAAGUCCUCCAUGGGGAUGAGCAUGAAGGAAUUCAGUUCUGGAAAAGCUACUUUGAGUUUUCCUAUUACUUGUUGGUCUGCCCCUUUCGAUUUGAAUGGGACUGCAAACGCAGGACGUACCACUGUCACACCAAUAAAGUCCAAACUGCAUUACAUUACGGAGUUUUUGGCAUUUUUGGAUCCUAUUACUUGCUGCGUUUGAGGGCAAUGUGGAAUACAACGAGCAUUCUCGCAGGUCUCAAGGCCACCACCACGAACAAGGAAAACCCCACGGCAUAUUUCGACAUGGCGGUGUACUUUUUCGACAGCUUUUUCAUGCUCAUAUUAUUUCUCCACUUUGGGCGACAAAAGCACAAAGUUUUCCAAGUUUUCAAAGAAUUUCAGUUUCAAUCGGACAAUGAGGCAAGCAUUUUCCCAAGAUACAGACGAUUCAAUUCCUUGCUUGGAUACCACGCUUCAAAAUACCGACGGACUCGGCUGUGGAGUACUCUAAUUCUCAUGGGAUGUAUGAGCACAGUGGUAAUCAAGUUUCUCGAAGUUUUGCAGAAUGAUGGUUGGGAUCUUGCUCAGUUUUUCCGUCGACGAACCGAGGAGUCCAAAAUAAUUUUCUUGGAAAGUGAAGACCUUGUAGAAGCUGCCCCUUGGCUAUUCGUAUUCUUAAACAUAGGGUCCACCUUGUAUGAAAAAGUUCUCAAUGAUCUUGGCGACAUUUUGUUUACGAUGAGCGUUUUAUUUCUUACGAAUCUGGUGGACAGCUUCGUCAUCACGUUGAGAAAUGGGAGUGAACCUAACAUGGUCGUGGAACAGUACAAAUGGCUGAAAAAGGUCACCUCAGCCAUUAACAGAGCAAUUGGGACAAUGACAUUUGCAUUUAUCGCUGGAAACCUGCCCUUCUUUGCUACAACAGUCUUGGAAGUUUUUGGAACGGAAACAAAAAACGUAUUUGUGAGGAUUCGAUACAUUGUUGCGUGUCUCUACUUUUUCCCGUCAAUUUGCAUCGGGGCCAGGGCAAACAAAAAGAUGGACAAAGUUAAAGAUUGGAUUUGCAAACAAGAAAAUUACAAAAAGAUUCCAGAAACAAAAUUGAAUGUAUUUUUGCACGAACUCAGCCUUCACUCUGUGGGACUGACUGCAAAGGGAAUCGUUACUAUAAAUUGGAAUUCUGUUGGUUCGAUCAUCAGCAUUAUCCUUACAUAUGCACUUUUGAAAACGCAAUUCAAGUAAACUUGCUAAUAAAUACCAAAAUGUGAAAUGUU